AUGAAUCAUGAAAACAGAAAAAGAAGAUAUUUCGAUAAAUUAAAAAAAGCUUCAUAUGAAUUAAGAAAUGAGAACAUUGGUGGUUUGGUAAAUUUAUUUUUAAGCUAUUAUUCAAAUCUUAAAAUAAAAAAACAUAAAAUUAUUAAAAAAGUAAAAACCAUGUUAAGUACUUACUAAUAGUGUUUUUACAAAUUGUUUCAUUGCAACAUACUUCUUGGGAAUUUUAUUCAUUCAUGAAAACUAACUGUCAUUUUUUGGAUUCUAAGUGUAGUGAGAUUUAUUAUUUUUUCUAUAUGUAUUUUAUUUUUUUGUAUUUUUUAUGUCUGUGUGUGAACAAUUUUUCUACCAGUAGUUUUUUUAAUAUUUAAGCAAAACAGAAAAAAACUUAGAAAGAACAUGAAAUUUUAUGAAACUAUUGUUUUUAUUAUUUUCAAUGUUGUUUUUUUGUUGCAAUUCAGUUAAAAUACUCUCUUAGAGACUUGAAAUUUUAUCAGAUAAAAUAAUAUUAGCCUUUUCUAGACAUGGUACAAUUUUAUUUAGUGUAAUUUGUACUAUUUAUGCUUGAAAUAAGUAUAUAGGAUACAAGAAUUUGAAUUGGUUAUUAUUUCAUUUUGAAGAGCCAUUUGAAGUGUAUAUUUUUAUGUUUCAACAAUACAAUGUGCUACAUGAAUUUCUAAAAAUUAUUUAAAAAUACUCUAUUUGUUUAAUGUUAUGUUUACAAUUUGUAAGAUAUUAAUAUAUUAAUUUAAUUAUUAAUAGGAUACUCAAAGUGAUAAUUCAUGGUAUGAAAGUCUUCGCCAGGAUGAUGAAUCAAAAAUAGAAGUUCAAAUUAAUGAUAUUUUGGUAAGUUUUUUUUACCUAUUACAUAGGUCAGUUAAAUAUUAAAUAAUAAUAAUUUUAUCAUUUAUUUUUAGGCUAAUCUAAAAUAUUAAUUUUUAUAACUUUACAUUUAUCUUACUAACUUUAGGCAAAAAUUCAACGCUACAAUAAAGUUAAUCCAUCAUCUUAUAUUACAAAAAAAGGACUAAGAAAUGUAAGCAUUUUAUCUUUUUACGAACUUUAAUUAAUAACAAUAUGUACCUAAUCCAUCUACUUACAAUUAAAAUUAAUUUUAGAUCAAUAGAGGUUUGCACCAGCGUGUUAUCCGGUCAAAUACAGUUCACAGAAGUUAGAAUAUUUAUUACAUUUAGUUCUUUUUGAAAUUCAAUAUUGAGCUAAUAUUAUUAUUAUAUAUUUUUAGAUCAAUUAACUAAUGCAAAUAAAAUGAAUAAUGAUGUACAAAAUGUAGAGAAUGUUAUUUCUUUUACAAAACCAAAACAGGAACUUGUGGAUUAUAAGGAUGACUCUGUGAAGUUUGGCCUUCCAAUUGCUAAUUCCACAAUAAAUAAUCUACAAUCACAACAUUUCUCAAUGUAAUAGGAAUUAUUAUAACUUUAAAAUUAUAUAACUAAUAGAAUCGAUUGCAUUAUUAAUUAAUUUGUUUUUAGUUUACAAAAACAAAAUGAUAAACCAAUAACUGGUUGUGAAAUAAAUAAACAUACAAUGGCUAAAAAAUCUCAAGUAUAUCAAAAUUCACCAUCUGACCUUACUAAGUAAUGCUAAAAUAUUUGAUUUCUGUAAUUUAUAAUAUAAGUAAUAAUUUUAAUUUUUUCAUUUUAAAGUUACUUAUUUUUAGGAUUAUAUCCCUGAUAGCAUUAAUAUAGUUAAUAAACAUGUAUUACUUUUUCAACAGUUUAUCAGGGUUUAAUUCUUCAAAAAUGACUAGAACAUCUGAUAUACGAGAAUUACCAAUUUUAUCGUCAGACUCUGUGAUAAAUAAAAAUAAACCUAUAAGUAAAAAAGAGAAAGCUAAAUUAAAUUUGGAAUUUUCCUAUUCACAUUUUGAUGAAAUAAAAAGAAUUUCCAAGAAUGGUUAUCUUAAUAAUGGUUUGUAUAUAGCUCCCAAAUUAAAUUAAUGUAAUUAUUUAGAUAUUUAAAUAUAUAUUACAUUUUUUAGAUUAUGUCUUAAGUAAAAUAAAACAAUCGCAAAUAGUUUCCAAAAAAAAGUGAGUAUUAUAUAUUAUAAAUCUUAUUAAAUCAAAAGUAUACAAUUUGUUAAAUUUCAGACAACAUAAACAGGAGGUAAAUGAUACAAAUUUAAUAAAUAUAUCAAUGCCGUUCAUUAAUGAUACAUUAGACUCAUUUAAAAUUACGUCAUCUAACAUUUCUAGUGACAGUGAUUUUGUAUUUAAACCACUGAUUAACUUUUCUAAUAAUGAAGGUAGGUAUGCAGUUAUCCAUUGAUGAAAUCAUGUUAAAUAAUAAAUAGUUAAGAUAAGUCAUUACCUUAGCGUGGCACAUGCUAUGAGUUUGACAAAUCUAAACUUCUGCUGAUGGAAAGCUCAGGUAGGUGAUUUUAAUAGACAUAUGGUAUCAUAGUACCUCUAUCUGUUGUAAGAAGUGAUAAAUAGGGUUUCGACAGGUCGAUAACCAGUAUAAAAUUCUGUCAAACAGUAUGAAGAGUUCUAAAUAAGACUUUGGUGUAUUUUCCCAUUUCAGAUGUAGGUGAAAAUAACAAGUGAGGGGAGGUACCAUAAUAUAUGAUGUUUGUAGAUAAUAUAGCUUUGUAAGAGAAAAUCUGAAAGUAGUUAACAAUAGGCUGCUUAAAAAAAUCGAGAAUAGCACUUACAGAAAAUGGAUUAAAAAUAAAUAGAAGUACACUAAUCCCUCGUUUAAUCCCACGGCUUUUUCAACCACAGUUGAGUCAGAAACACCCUUUAUUUAACUAUCCAUACAAUUCAUUGCUAUUAUAUGAGAAUGUUUUAAUUUGUUUUAGAUAAAAUUAGAUCAUUUUUAUGUAUAACUACAAAUAAAUAUUAUACCUUUAGAAAUAAAUACCAUGUAAAGUACACAUGUACUUUGCAGAUUUAAAAGCCUAUUGCAUACAGAGAACUUUAUAAUGACUUAUAAAGAAUAAAAGAAAACAGAUAUCUAUCAUAAAAAUUUUUUAUCCUUUUUAAUAUAUGUAAGUGUGUAUAAAUAAUUAAUUAAUUAAAACUUUGCUGGAACCUUAAUAUCUGCAGAUAACGGUGGAUUACUGUGUGUGGAGUACGUGUUUGGGGAAAUUAGAUAAGACUGCUUCUGAUAAUAUGUGUUUAUAGGUGAGGUUCAGAAUUAAGUACCCAGGGUCUUUUGUAUAAAAGAAUGAUGACUUACAUAAAGAUGUGAAACAUAUGAUUAAGUGUGAUUGGAUAAAGAUAUUAAAAGUGUUGUAUGUUUAAUGUGACAAGAGAAUUCCAAUGAGACUAAGAGUUAAGUUUUGCAAAGUGUAGUAGAGAUGAUAUUGGUUAGGUGGAUGAGUGGAGUGGCAAUAGAAGAUAGGAUUAGGAAUGAGUAAUUAAGAGGUAAUAAGAUGAUUUAAUAGUAGAAAAAAUGCCUUAAUAAUUAUAAAUAAUAAUUGUCCAAUCUAUUAUAUUACAGACAUAUUAUGCACUUCACAGUUUUCUGAAGAUAGUUUUGUUUGUUCUAACCUUGAAGAUUCAAUGGAUGAUGAUCAAUUUAAGUUACAAAUUAAUAAUGAAUGGUUUUCUUCACCAGACAGUAGUAUGAGUGAAAAUUAUAGUCAUUAUCAUAGACAAACACUUUAUUAUGAAUCAAACUUAACAAACCUUACAAGUUUCAAUUCAUCUUCAGAUGAUUCAUUAAAGUAA